UUGGUUUGACUCUGUGCUAUUCUGAAUGUAAUUACAGUAGUUGCUAAUCCUGUUCAGAAGAGGAGGAACAGACAGGAGUUUAAAAAUUUGUUGAAAAAUAUAGAAAAGUGGCAAAAUUCAUUCUUUUUCUUUGGCUUGAAGUCAGUCAGGGAAUGGAUGGUCCUCUGUUGUCUCAGAGCUGUGCACUAUCUCUACCCUGCUGUGCAGAAGGGGGGUCACUGUUGAGCACCAAGGCCCCUCAAGUCAGUGGGGUCAGAGUUCAGUUGGAGAUGCAUCUGCUUUGGCAGCAGUUUGACCAGCUGGGCACAGAGAUGAUUGUUACCAAGGCUGGAAGAAGGAUGUUUCCGACAUUCCAGGUGCGGAUCUCUGGGAUGGAUCCGACUGCUGAAUAUGUCUUGCUCAUGGAUUUCAUCCCUGUUGAUGAUAAAAGAUACAGAUAUGCGUUCCAUAGUUCAUCCUGGUUGGUGGCAGGGCGAGCAGAUGUUGCAGCUCCAAGCAGGAUGCAUUUCCACCCGGACUCACCUGCCCGUGGAGCCCAGUGGAUGAAGCAGACGGUGUCCUUCGACUCUCUCAAACUCACCAACAACUUGCUGGAUGACAAUGGACACAUGAUAUUAAACUCCAUGCAUCGUUACCAGCCACGCUUCCAUGUGGUGUAUGUGGAUCCGGCACCCAACAGCCACUUACAUGCAUCCAGAAACUUCAGCUCUUUCUCCUUCCCAGAGACACUAUUCAUGGCCGUCACCGCCUAUCAGAACCACCGGAUUACCCAGCUAAAAAUUGCAAGCAACCCGUUUGCUAAAGGCUUUAGGACUACAGACCCGCAGGACUGGGUGGGAAAUUCCAGGCCCCCAUCAGUAUGGUGUCCACCAGAUGGCAGAACAGAGCCCCUUACCACUAAACCUGGAGAGCAGAGAAGCUGGGGCUCAAAGACUUCAACCAGACCGGAGGAAACAGCCUCGUUCCUGGUGGAGCAGACUGGACGGUUCCAACACUGUAAAGAGUCUGCAGAACUCCCUGUGGAGAGGAGAGACAGGGACAUUUUAUUAGCACCUGCUUCCUUCUUCCCUCUCACUUCCUACUGCGACUGUGCAGGAUCAUCUGAAGACAGAGACAAUCUACCCUAUAGAGGAAAAUAAGCGUAUUUAAUAUCAUGUGAUGUGAUGAUAUAUGGUGUCCACUAAAUAAUAUCCAAUAAGAGCACUACAAAGUCACAGUGGUACAACAUUUGUAAGAAUUACAAAAAUCCGUUGUAGUUCUUACACACUCAAUUGCAAUUUGUCCUUGUAACAUUUGUGCAAAAGAAAUGACUUUGUUUGUUGUCUGG